UGCAAGCUUAUUUUCAUAUAUCAGAAGGAACUAUUGCAAGCCAACAUCUUUGAUGUUCUCUUCCUAUGUUGCCAUUUUUUGGCAUGCAAAACCACCUGCAAGCUUAAUUUCAUGUCAGAAGGAACUAUCGCUAGCCAAAAGCUUUGAUGUUCUCUUCCUAUGUUACCAUUUUCUCACCAUGCAAGUAAAGCUCUUCAUCAUCUAGUUUCUACAAUCUCAUUCUCAUGCAAAUCCUAUCUGUUUCAACACUUUUCUCUAUCCACCUCCACUCACCGCAAUCUCCUCGCACUCAUCUCUACAGCCAAAUCUCUUCGCCAUACCAACCAAUCCCAUGCCUCUGCUCUUCUCAAUGGCUUUCUUCCCCGAAGUGUUUCUCUCUGCGCCUCUCUUAUUCUCCGCUACGCUACUUUUCUUGACCCUCCAACCUGUUACCGUCUUUUUCAAGGAACUGUUCCUUAUGUUCGCUCUGCUUUCCUGUGGAACACUCUCAUUCGGGCUCUGUCGAUCGCUCGAGUUGAUGAUAACUUUGAAACCUAUAAUCGAAUGGUUCGAAAUGGUGUCAGGCCUGAUGAUCACACUUUCCCUUUCGUCCUCAAGGCAUGUGCCGAUAGUUUGAAUAUUAAGAAGGGUAUGGAGAUUCAUGGGUUUGUGUUCAAACUUGGUUUUGAUUUGGAUGUCUUUGUGGGUAACACCCUUUUGUUGUUCUAUGGUAAUUGUGGGAAUUUAACGGAUGUGAAUAGGGUGUUUGAUGAAAUGCUUGAAAGAGAUGUUGUGUCAUGGAAUACAGUCCUUGGAGUGUUUUCCGUCAAUGGGUUUUAUGUGGAGGCGCGUGAUUUGUUUUGUGAAAUGAACCUGACCUCUCGCUUUAGGCCCAACAUGGUUAGUGUUGUAAGUGUGUUGCCUGUUUUGGCUGGGCUUGAAGAUGAGGUGAUGGCUAGGCAAACUCAUAGUUUUAUUGUGAAGGUUGGGCUGGAUUCUCAGGUGACCAUAAACAAUGCUUUGAUUGACGUAUAUGGGAAAUGUGGGCAUGUGAAGACUUCGAGAAAAGUUUUUGAUCAAAUGAUGGAGAGGAAUGAGGUUUCUUGGAAUGCAAUCAUUACUAGUCUUGCUUAUCUGAGGCAUAAUGAAGAUGCACUAGAGAUGUUUAGAUUGAUGAUAAAUGAAGAGGUAAAACCAAAUUCUGUUACUAUAUCUAGUAUGCUACCUAUAUUGGUUGAAUUAGGACUUUUUAAACUAGGUAAGGAAAUUCAUGGUUUUAGUUUAAGAUUUGGUAUUGAAACUGAUGUUUUCAUUGCCAACUCUUUGAUUGAUAUGUAUGCAAAAUCAGGGCAUUCAUCCAAAGCAUCCAAUGUGUUCUACCUAAUGCCUGAAAAGAAUGUUGUUUCUUGGAAUGCCAUGGUCGCUAAUUUUGCUCAAAACAGGCUUGAAUUAUUAGCUAUAGAAUUAGUGAGACAAAUGCAAAUUGAUGGCGAGAUUCCAAAUUUGGUCACCUUCACAAAUGUUCUUCCGGCUUGUGCACGAAUGGGAUUCCUUCGUCCUGGAAAAGAAGUCCAUGCAAGGAUAAUCCGCAUCGGCUGCCAUUUUGAUUUGUUUGUCUCCAACGCACUUACAGAUAUGUAUGCAAAAUGUGGUUACCUAAAUCUUGCUCAACGUGUCUUUAACACCUCCCUUAAGGAUGAAGUAUCUUAUAACAUUUUAAUUAUAGGAUAUUCUGAAACGACUAAUUGCUCAGAAUCUCUUGGUUUAUUCUUAGAAAUGGGGCUUAUAGGUUUGAAGCAUGAUGUAGUUUCCUACAUGGGUGCAAUUGCAGCUUGUGCAAAUCUAGCUGCAUUGAAGCAAGGAAAAGAGAUCCAUGGAUUAGUUGUAAGAAAGCAUUUGCACAUGCAUAUCUUCAUUGCUAACACAUUUUUGGACUUCUAUGUCAAAUGUGGGCGAAUUGAUCUUGCCCAUAAGAUCUUUGAUCGGACUCCAGACAAGGACGCAGCCUCUUGGAAUACUAUGGUUUUAGGUUAUGGAAUGCUAGGUGAGUUGAAGAUUGCCAUCAAUCUCUUUGAAGCAAUGAAAGAAGAUGGAGUUGAAUAUGAUUCAGUAUCAUACAUUGCAGUCUUGUCAGCUUGUAGUCAUGGUGGGCUAGUUGAAAAGGGAAAGAAAUACUUUGAGAAAAUGCUGGCUCAGAAUAUUAAGCCAACAAACAUGCACUAUGCUUGUAUGGUUGAUCUGCUUGGCAGGGCUGGACUAUUGGAAGAAGCUGUAAAAUUCAUUGAAGUCUUGCCUAUUGAACCAGACGCCAAUAUUUGGGGUGCUUUGCUUGGGGCAUGCCGAAUCUAUGGGAAUAUAGAGUUGGCGUGUUGGGCAGCUGAACAUCUGUUUAAGUUAAAGCCGCAACAUUGUGGAUACUACGCAAUUCUUUCAAACAUGUAUUCAGAAGCAGGAAAAUGGGAUGAAGCAGACAGGGUAAGGGAAUUGAUGAAGUUAAGGGGUGCACAGAAGAACCCUGGUUGCAGUUGGGUCCAAAUUGACAACCAGGUUCAUGCUUUCGUAUCAGGAGAAAAAAUAACAAAAUUCAAUUCAGGUUCUUGGCUUGCAGAAUCAUGAUAAAGUUAUCAGACAUCACGGUUGAGUUUGAAGGCUCAUUAGAAAGAGAGCUCGGUCUCCUUAGCAUUUUUUUCCCCUUUUUGGGAUACAGUGUAAGAGAUGAAGCAGGAUUCUCUAUUGUGAAUAUCUGUUGUCAAUUGUGUAUUUUUCAUCCAUAUUUCUCAUAUGAAAUUUCAGGACAUGUAGCUCAUGUUCCAAGGGAUUGUAGAUCUCUACUUGUGUUAAGCCCUGGACUAUUCAUCCAUGCAAUGCAUGUCUGCAACCUAGCCACUGCAAGAAACUCCG